GAUAUUCUGUUGUUAUCUGGCUGCCUACACUUGUUUUCUCUUUUACUUGCUCACAGGACACUCUUCACAAGAAAUCAGUCUCAAUUCUUCCUGGAAUAUCUAGAUAUUCUCAUGACAAAUCGCACAAUUCAAAAGAAACCGCUGAUAACCAUUACUUCUUCUUCUGACCAUUCGAAUGAGAGUCUAACAAACACCAACGAUAGUGAUAAUACCAGUCAAAACAAUGGCAACGUUGAACCUGAUACCGAAAGGGCUCUCUCUAGAAAGAAGAAGUCCCUAAGAUUCCAAUCAGUUCCCCAGUUCAUCGAAAGUGCUAUUGUCUCUUCCUCUGACGACGAUGAUCUGGAUAUCCCCAACAACAGAAACAAUGCCAACAGAUCUGUUUCUCCUGGUACAAAGCUAAUCAACAGUUUCACAAUCAACCGUUCUUAUCCUCACAAUUUCUCUCAUACUCACCCUCAUCACAACCGUAAUUUUCGCACUAAUGAAGGCAACAAAGACACUAAAAAUCACUUAUACAACUAUAACCUUAACAAUAACAACAAUAACAAUAACAACAACCUCAAUGUGGCCACUGAUAGCAUCAAUUUAAUGAGUCUCCAUGACUUGCCAGCCUUCAAAAAAAGACCUCUAAGUGACACUCCCUUUGGUUCUAGAAACGCUUCUCCUGUUUUACUGCCCACUGAUGACUCGGAUAAAGAAUCCGAUAACCACAAUGAAGACGAUUUUGAUUCUGAUUUAGAUUUAAACGAUAACCGAAAAAAAAACAACCCUGAUAACCACAAAAAUAAUAUAAAUCACAUUUCCCUAUCAUCUUCAAAAGAUCCAUUGAAAACUAAAAUCAAUAACGUCUCCAGCAACAACAACAACAACAACAACAACAACAACAACAAAAACAAAAACAAAAAAAAAACAACAAAAAACAAGGGCAAUGAAAUUGAUUUCUCAUCCCCUGCAAGCUUGGAAAAACUAGAUAAGGUUUUGAAUGAACAUUUAAACAAAAAACAUACAAGAAGAGCAACAACUUUAGAUGUUCCCGGCCUAACAAAAUCAAAAACGUCUCCUGAUGGAACAAUUGCAAAUUUAAAUAUUGGUUCCAAAUUAGUUGUGGUAAUGGUUGGUUUGCCGGCCAGAGGCAAAUCCUACAUCACAAAUAAACUAACAAGAUACUUGAAUUGGUCCCAGCAUAAUUGCAGAGUAUUCAAUGUCGGUAAUACAAGAAGAAAAGAUGAUGCAAUGAAUUUGGGUCCUGCUUCAAAACCUCUAUCUGAUUCUCCAUCUCCUGAAAACAAUUCAAAAAACAAUUCAACUAAUGAUUUAAAAAACAUUAAUACCAAAAAUCAUGAUAAAAAAACAACCUUAUUAAAUGCAAAUGAGACUGCAACGAUCCAUGACGCUAACUUUUUUUCUCCUUUAAAUAAAAAAAGUAAAGCCAUUCGAGAAAAGUGGGCAAUGGACACUCUAGAUCAAUUACUAGACUAUAUAAUCGAUGGUCCGGGUUCUGUUGGAAUCUUUGAUGCUACAAACACAACCAAAUCAAGAAGACAAAAAAUCUUGAAUAAAAUUUCAAAGAGAUCAAAUAACCAACUAAAGGUGUUAUUUUUAGAAAGUAUUUGUGAUGAUCCUGCUUUGUUACAAAAAAACAUGAGACUAAAACUUUCUGGUCCCGAUUACAAAAAAAUGGAUCCAACUGUCGCUUUGAAAGAUUUUACUGAAAGAUUGCACAACUAUGAAAAAGUUUAUGAAACAAUCGACCAACAAGAAGAGGACUCGUUUGUUAAUACCAAUUACCAGUAUAUUAAAAUGAUCAAUGUCGGUAGAAAAAUUGUUUCGUUUAAUAUCCAAGGGUUUUUAGCUUCUCAAACAGUCUAUUUUCUUUUAAAUUUCAACUUGGCUGAACGAAUGAUUUGGAUAACUAGACACGGUGAAAGUUUUGACAACAUUCAAGGGAAAAUUGGAGGAGAUUCAGAAUUAACCGCCAGAGGUUUGAAAUUUUCAAAAGCUUUAGCAAAGUUCAUUGCAUUUAAAAAGGAAGAAUUUCGUAAAAAACAAAUUCAAAAUUUUAAAGAUCAACUAAUUAAUAGUGUCAAAUUUUCUGCUGAAUUGUUAAAUGGUCAAAAUGCUGAAGAUAACAGAGUUCCACAAGAACCAACAUUUUCAGUCUGGACAAGUAUGCUAAAGAGAAGUGUUCAAACUGCGCAAUAUUUCAACGAAAAUGAAUUUUUCAUAAAGGAAAUGAAAAUGUUGGAUGAACUAGGUUCAGGUAAAAUGGAUGGUAAAACAUAUCAAGAAAUCCAAGACAAUUAUCCAGAAGAAUUUCAAGCAAGAAUCGAUAACAAGAUGACAUACCGAUACCCCGGAUUGGGUGGAGAAUCAUAUCUAGAUGUUAUUAAUAGAUUAAAACCUAUUAUAACCGAGACCGAAAGGUCCGAGGAUCAUAUUAUGAUUGUUUCACACCGAGUUGUUUGUCGAAUUUUAUUGGCAUAUUUUAUGGAUUUAGACAAAAAGGAAAUUGGUAGAUUAGAUAUUCCAUUGCACAGUUGUUAUGUAUUAACACCCAAACCGUAUGGUGUUGAUUGGGAAUUGUAUGAGUUUAAUGAAAAGAGUGAUUGGUUUGAUAAAGUUGAUAAAUUCAAGUAUACCAGGCUAUUGAAGCAAAUUUCCAUCAACUACAAUGAAAAGAGAAAGUAUUCAGUUGUUCCAACCUUACCCAGCGAUAAAUUGAAGAUCCGAAAUGAAUUACUAUCACCAUUUAUUAACAUGGGUAGCAAUCUUAAUAGUGGAUAUGGCACCAGUGUUGCAACACCAGAUGGUAUUCAAACUCCGGCAAUGAUUACAAAUUAUACGUAUAAUAGAGACCGAUUUAAUGCAUUGCCUAAUCGUGGAAUAAGAACAGGAAAUGGUGCUAGUAAUAUGAAAAGUAUUUUCCAAACCGCAAUUUCAAACAGUGCAAAAGAGAAGAACAAUGAUAAUGAUAAUAGUAUUAUUAUUAUUAAUGAAGAUGAAGAUGAUAAUAAAGAUAAUGGACAAAAUCCUCUUGAAUCAAGUGCGUCAUAUUCAAUUGAUCAGCUAACCGAGAAAUUACAAAGGCUUCAUGAUGAACAACAGAAGGAGUAGAACUAAAAAAAGAUUAUGAUUUAAUUCAAUUCAAUUCAAUUCAAUUCAAUUCAAUUCAUUUAAGUUAAAAUAAAAUAAGGUAAAAUACUUUUAUCUAGUAUAGUAUAAUAUUAAUCGUUUUUUUUUGUUUUUUUUUGUAAUUUAUGAUUUUAUGUUAAGAUAGUUAGAUAAAUAUAUGAGAUAAAAAUAGAUAUAGAGAAAUGAAGGAAUGUUCCAAACGAAUCGUAUUCAAAUAAGAGAGAGUAAAACGCAUUUGAAUAGUUUAAUUCAGGUUGGGAUCAAAGAUUUAAAUUAAAUAAACUUAAAUAAAUUGAUUUAGGCAUCGCUUUGAAUCAUUAUAUUAUUGAGCGAAUAUAGGGAUCUUCGAAGAUGCCAGGUAUAUAGUAAAAAGACAAGAGAAUAUUAAUAGAGUCAAAGAAAUAAAAAAAGAGUUACAUGGCUUAGUUGAGUUGAGUUAUGUUAAAAAAAAAGAGACGUAUAUUUAUAAUGCAC